AGGGAAGGGAUAAAGGAUCCACUAACUGUCUAUAGUAGCCUGCACAUGGCAUUUCUGUCAUCUUGACAGAUUGGACAUGUGUCAUUUAGAAAUGUGCCGAGCUUCAGGCCCUUUGGUUUGGAGUUUUUAAUGCCUGAUAUGAAGAUAAACAGCGAUGGAGGACGAGUCUGUGCGCAGCUGCUGGAGUGAUUUUCUUCAUGUUUCCUGAGUCUGAGGACGACUGAGCGGAGGAGGGGGUUAAGAAAGACAGCCAUGCCUGUGCUGGAGGUGAUCUGCAGCCUGAUUGGCUGGUUCUCUCUCUACCUGUCGUUCUGCUGGACGUUUCCCCGUCGAGGACCCGAGUGGAACUGUCGGCUGGUCACUCUGUCUCACGGGGUCCUCAUAGUGCUGCUGACCGCUUACGUCAUCUUCAUAGACGGACCCUGGCCCCUCACACAUGCAGGUACAGAGAACACUGAGCUGCAGACUUUGUCCCUGGCCGUCUGCCUCGGCUACUUCCUCUUCGAUAUGGGCUGGUGUGUAUGCAAUCGAACCGAGGGUCCCGUCAUGCUGGCUCACCACGCGGCGAGCAUGGUGGGCAUCCUGCUGGCCUUGCUCAUGGGGGUGUCGGGCUGCGAAACCUGCGCGGUUAUCUUCGGCAGCGAGAUCACCAACCCCUUGCUGCAGACCCGCUGGUUCCUCCGGCAGGCGGGCAUGUACGACAGCCUGCUGGGCGACGCCGUGGACCUGCUGUUCAUCUUUCUGUUCGCCACCGUGCGCGUGGGAGUGGGCACCGCGAUGUUCUACUGCGAGCUCACCUCUCCCAGGACCUCCCUCGUAAUGAAGCUGGGAGGCGUGGCGAUGUACGGACUGGCCUGGGUGUUCAUGGUGGACAUAGCCAAAUUCGGCUACAAGAAAAGUAAGGCCAAGUAUAAAAGGUGGCGAGAGAACCAGAAACUGAAAGAAACGAAAACACCAGAACCCGAUGGACUUUCAAACAAGAGUGACUGACGGGAAUCAUCCUAAAGAUUGUUGAACUUUGUGUUUACUGCCAUAACGUUUUGAUGCUACAAGAAAAGAAACAACCUCGUCAGCCAAGUUUACCUCAAUCUAUGAAACCUCUUUUACUCUAAUUUUCAACUGCAACCGAAGCCUCGUUCAAACUUACACAGAACUCCUGAAGUGUUAGGGAU